CGGCGUUGUCUGCCUUAUUAAUGGAACCAAUCGCGCAAUAAACGUUUUGGCUGACGAGGACGCGUCUCAUGUGUAUGUCAUGCCGGCCAUGGGAUCUUCGGGAAUGACAGAGUGCCUGCUCUGCUGUGUGUGGGCAUUGCCUCUCUAGCUUUAUCAGCGCCAAAGAUGGUUCUGGGUAGCAAUGGGUAUUAUUGGCGAUCCGAACUGGCCGUUGGGCAGUAGAGCGUCUCUCUUUGUUUUUUCGUGCCCGAUAAGAGGAGAAUGAAAAGUAAAAGCCAUUCUGUCCUUCCCUUUCUUUCUUCGCUAUAGUUCUCGAGUUCUGCUUUUGGCCAGCUGUAGUGCCAAAGGAUACAUCAUGGCUGGCCGUGAUACCAGCGACGAUAAUGGAGAGAGGCAGCCGUUGCUCCAAGCCUCUCCUAGCCCAUUACCUGUGGGAGCAGAUGACAACAAGUAUGAUACGGUGGCGACGCUGAGCGAAACGGAAAAUGCCGGCGAGAUCCAACCAUCGCGGGCAGUCGAAGACGAUGUACUGCCAGAGACGUCUGCUCUUGGCCGAACACUAAGCUGGCAGAGCGCCUAUAUCAUCGUGAUAUCUAGAGUCAUCGGUAGCGGUAUAUUUGCCACGCCUGGAGCUAUUCUUCAGCAAGUUGGAAGCCCUGGACUGUCACUGCUGUUAUGGAUUGUCGGUACGCUCGUUGCAGCCGCUGGUCUGUCCGUGUCCCUCGAGUACGGAUGCAUGCUGCCCCGGUCUGGAGGCAUGAAAGUCUAUCUUGAAUUUACUUACAGAUAUCCACGGUUCUUUGCCACUACGCUAGUCGCCAUCAACGCGGUGUUCCUAGGGUUUACCGCCAGCAACUGCAUCAUCUUUAGCCGCUACGUCUUCUUUGCUUUUGGAGUGGAAAAUGCGAGUGGCUGGGCUGCAAAAGCAGUCGCUGCUGCUCUGCUGAUGGUGGUGACAGCGACUCACGGGUUGGCUCCCAAGGCAGGCAUCAAGAUACAAGAUUUUCUUGGUUGGGUCAAGAUUGGCAUCAUCAUCUUCAUGAUUUUCUCUGGUCUCUACGUCGUACUCUUCCGACCGACGCUAAACACCUCAUCGGGCGGUAACCCCUUGUCGUGGGAUCACUUGUGGGAUGACAGUGUUUGGAACUGGGGAGUCAUUUCGACGGGGUUAUUCAAAGUUUUCUACUCUUAUGCUGGAUUGGAUAACAUCAGCAACGUGCUGAACGAGGUUAAAGACCCUGUACGGACACUGCGUUCCGUAACAUUGACUGCACUGGGCACGUCUUGCGCCAUGUACGCGCUCAUCAACAUCGCAUACUUCAUCGUUAUUCCUCUUGAUGAAAUCAAGGGAAGCGGAGAGCUCAUUGCGGCGCUCUUCUUUCGGCGUGUAUUUGGUGAGCAGGUGGGUAAAACGAUUUUGCCUCUUGCUGUUGCUCUCUCUGCGGUAGGAAAUGUUUUUGUUGUGGCAUUUGCAAUGGCCCGAUUAAAGCAGGAGAUUGCCAGGCAGGGCUUUUUACCUUACUCGGAUAUCCUUGCAUCAACCAAGCCAUUCAACUCACCUUUGGGUGGCCUCAUCGUCAAUCUUGUCCCUUCAUUCUUGGUUAUUGUGUUACCACCAACUUCGGAAGCAUUCUCCUUCAUCCUCGAUGUGGAGGGUUAUCCCAGUCAAGUUUUCAGCCUUGCAUUGGGCGUUGGCCUUAUAUGGUUGCGAUUCAAGCGACCAGACUUGAAGAGGCCUUAUAAAGCGUGGUUAUCUACCAUUGUAGCUCGAGCGCUCUUAAGUCUUGCACUCCUUGCGGCGCCGUUCUUCCCUCCGAAAGGAAAACCCUCUGGAGGACUCUGGUAUGCAACUUAUGCAGUGGUGGGCAUGAGCACGAUUGUGGCUGGUGUUCUGUACUGGUAUGUGUGGACAAUUCUUUUGCCCAAGUGGAGAGGUUAUACACUGGAGGAAGAGACGGAAUACGCUGGGAAGCCUGCAUCAUUUAAUGAACGACCGACGGAAGAGCAUAAAGUGACCAUCCGAGACGUUGCGGGUCAAGAGGAUAAUUAUACGCUUGACAAAAACGGAUUCCAGUUUCACCGUCAUACUUCAGCUGAGAAGGAUUUUGUGGACGAUGAUCAUAUUAAGGCACAUUACUACCCAGAGACGGAACAGCUUCUCAAAGACGUAACUGGAGCAUCCAAAAUCUUUAUUUUUGAUCAUACUAUCCGCCGUCCUCUCCCCGGCGAUGUCGCCGGCUCAAACUCUACCGUUUUCCGUGGCCCCGUCAAUCGCGUCCACAUUGACCAAUCUUACAGUGCAGCUCUCUCUCGUGUCCCAUUUCAUCUUCCCGAGGAAGCAGAUGAGCUUGUAAAGGGACGAGUUCAGCUAAUAAAUGUUUGGCGUCCGAUUCGACAGAUCCAGCGGGAUCCGCUGGCCGUUGCUGAAGCACACUCGGUCGCAGAAGAGGAUCUUGUGCCCGUGCCAUUGAUCUAUCCUAACCGAAAUGGAGAAACUCUGGGCGUGAGGCAUAAUGAAACACAGAGGUGGUUCUACAAAUCCGGAUUGGCCCCUGAAGAGGUCCUCUUGAUCAAGUGUUUUGACAGCAAGACAGAUGGAAGAGCUAGAAGGGUGCCACACACGGCAUUUGUGGACCCAAGUGCUGCAGCUGAUGCGCCAGCGCGGGAGAGUAUUGAGGUUCGAGCACUGGUAUUCCAUUCGGAUGAUAGGGAAUAGACGUGAAGAGCGAGAUAAGUAAGCUGCGGUAUUAUCUUGCUCAUUGCAUGUAGUUGAUGUAAAAACCAGUCUGAGAAUUUGUAUGACAUAUAUGAAUGAAGAUGUAUAGUAAU